CCGUCGUGAACUGCCACCAUGAUGGCAAAAAACGCCACCCUUUCCGGCGGAGUACUGAAAAAAGUAAUUCUUUCGUAUACUUACUUAGCAAUCUGGAUUGUCCUCUCCGGCACUGUCAUUGUAUACAACAAAUACAUUCUUGAUAAAAAGCUUUACGAUUGGCCUUUUCCAAUUUCUCUAACAAUGAUUCACAUGGGUUUUUGUUCUUCUUUAGCUUUCUUCCUCGUACGUAUCCUCAAAUUCGUCGAACUUUUCACCUUAUCCCGCAGAGUAUAUUUCACUUGCGUUUUACCCAUUGGUGCCCUUUACUCUCUUUCACUCUGGCUAUCAAAUUCUGCUUAUAUUUACCUCUCUGUUUCCUUCAUUCAAAUGCUUAAAGCCCUAAUGCCAGUUGCUGUUUACACAAUUGGGAUUUUGUUGAAAAAAGAGAGUUUUAAGAAAUCCACCAUGUGUAAUAUGUUGGCAAUUUCAAUUGGGGUUGCUAUUGCUGCUUAUGGUGAAUCAAAGUUUGAUUCUUUUGGGGUUUCACUUCAAUUACUCUCUGUUUUAGUUGAAGCAACUAGAUUGGUCUUGAUUCAAAUUUUGUUGAAUUCAAAGGGAAUUAAGUUAAACCCUAUUGCUACAUUAUACUAUGUUGCUCCAAGUUGCUUUGUUUUCUUGUCAAUUCCAUGGGUUUUUGUUGAACUUCCAGUUUUUAAAGAAAGGGGUUUUGGUUUAGAUUUUGAUUUUAUGGUUUUUGGUACUAAUUGUUUGUGUGCAUUUGCAUUAAACUUAGCUGUGUUCUUGGUUGUUGGAAAUACUUCAGCUUUAACAAUGAAUAUUGGUGGGGUUGUUAAAGAUUGGCUGCUUAUAGCAUUUUCUUGGUCUGUGAUUAAGGAUAGUGUGACUCCAUUGAAUUUGGUUGGAUAUGGGUUAGCAUUCUUGGGAGUUGCUUAUUAUAAUCAUCAGAAAUUGCAGACAUUGAAGGCAAAAGAAGCAGAAAAGAAGUGUCAGCUUCAGCAGGAUGAUGAAGAAGAAGGUGGAGGACUAUUGUUGACUGAAAGAGAACAGAAUGGUACAGGGGAGAAGGGUGAUUCACAGUACUAA